GAUCGGGGUGGGGAUACGGGAUGGGGCCCCCCCCGAAACCCCAUUGUGGGGCUGCGCCCACGCUCUGCUCCUGGAGGAGCUGCUGGGACCCGACCUCCCCCCCGGGGCACCCAUGGGUGCUGCCCUGAGAGCCCUGCAGCAACGCCUGCGUCGGUGCCCUCCCGGCUCGGUGCCCUGGGCGACGUUGGCUGAAAUCUCCCGCCUGUGGGCGACGUUGGGUCCCGCCUUCCUGCGAGGAUUGGAGGCAGCCGGUUGGUCGACGCGACGCCAUCAGCUGGCGGACGAAGAAUGGCGGCUCCAGUGGGCGGGGCCUCACUCGGAAAGCCACGCCCACACCACCACCGCCGUCCAAUGAGAGCACGCCCCACUCCGUAGUCCUGCCCGUGAAGAAGCCCCGCCCUCUGUUGACCACGCCCCCCAUAGGCUCCACCCCGAUUCUCAAUGGACCAAUGUCGCAACGCACCUCGCUGAGCCCCGCCCACCAUUUGACCACUCCCCCAUAAAGCC